UAUAAAAGGGAGUCUUCAUCCCCAGCAUCACAGUUGUCUUCUCUUCAUCAGUGCUUUAACUUGUACACACACAGGAUGGCUCGUGUUGUCCUGCUGGUGCUGCUGGCCGCCGUCGGGCCGUGCCUCAGUGCUAAGCUGCCCACCAUCCCCGGGGUCGAGGAGGGAAGCGGCAAGCAGUUAUUCCAAGACCUCGUGUCCUCCCAGAACCAGCUGGGCCUGGACUCCUACCUGCCGCCACCCCCUACGCCAUGCGUCCCUGAGACCGUGACCAGGCCGUCAUUCACCACUAUCACGUCGUACGGCGGCGAGACAUUGACCACCGUUAUCACCAGUUACCAGACAAGAACAGUUACCAGCACGCAACGGGACGUGUCCACAGUGACCACCGAGCUCACCAGCCAGGAUGUGCGGCCCACCACCUACUACUCCACCGUCUACUCCACAGUGGUCAUCACCCGCAGCCAGACGAGCGUCACCACGCUGCAGGGCGGCGUGGCCACGGUUACCCGCACGCAGACACAGAUACAGACACAGACACAGACUAGAACACAGGUGUCCACGAGCGUCACCACAGUGGGCGACACCGUCACCAGGACACAGGUGUCCACCCAGAUUAUCCCCACCACCUACACCCGCACCCUCACCCAGACCAGGACGGAGGUGUUUACGACCACAAGGCCAGCCGUCACCAGCACCAUCGUGAACACUCAGACGAGGACCUCCGUGGUGACCCGCACCGUGCCCGGCACCACACGCACCGUCACGCAGACCCAGACGAGCAGCGCCUACACCACCCUCACAUCCACGCUGCCGCCGCGAACCGUCACCGUCAUGUCCACGCUCAUGAGCACCGUGAGGAGCACCGUGCUCAGCACCAUUGUCAGCACUCAGAUCACCGACCAGCAGGUGACCCGUACCGAUACGGUGACCCAAACCACCACCCUCUUCACCACCCAGCAGGUGGCCACCACGGUGCUCAGCACGCAGGUUGUGUCCUCCACCGUCACAGAUUUCGUGACCAGCACGCAGGUGGUGCCCAGCACAACCCUGGUGCAAACCACUGUGACCAGGACCGUGACUGCGGGAGGUCUAGACAGCACCAGGGUUGUGACGGUGACCACAACGGAAACGGUGACCCGCGGCGGGGGCACCCGCACCACGCAGGUGGUGAGCACCGUGGAGAGGACGAGCGUGGUGACGAGCGUGGUGUCCAGCAUCAGUCCCUCCACCGUGUACAGCACCAUCACGCAGCCCUGCACCCAAAAGGGCUACAACUACGACGCGCCCCAGGUCAAGUUCAACUUUCCUUAACUUUUUCCACCAACAUCGCGACGACGAGGAGACGUUGGAGACAAAACAGUAACUUAUGGGCUCUCCAGCACGUGAUUCAUGGAUUUGGUCUUCAGCCACAAUAAACUUUACAACGAGAAAAGCUCUUAUUCAUGGAUUCAUGCGGAGGGACCGUAGAGAAAAAUUCUGAUAGAUGAAUAUAAAGCAACAGAAAAAAGUAUAAAAAAAAUAGUCAUAUCUACAUCAAAUAAUACAUACAUAUUUUUUUUUAAUGCCCCUCACUUCUUACUAAAUACUUGGCCGGUGAAGGCCCAACACCCAACCCUUCCGCUAAGAACAUCGCCUUGCUGCUGCCUCGCCUGUCUCGCUGCCGUCCCCUCGUUCACACAGCUACACUGAACACAAAAUGAGGAGUCGUUUCUUUCACACUUUGAUAAACUAUAGACUCUGUU